UGCAGAGGCAAAUCUUUGUUCAGAGAACGUUGCCAGCAUGAAGGAGUGUGGCUGUUGUAGCCUGAGCUGCCAAACUCUGUGGUUGGACCAACUCGUGACCUUUUUCUUCCCCAUUUUCUCUGGAGACAGAGGCUCCUUGUACCGAAAAGGGGGUUUGUCGGCGUCUUCCCCCGGGCAGGCGCUGCGGUGAGCCGAAUCUGAGAAACGGCCUCUCCCGUCGAUGGGAUAUUUGUGGGGACGAAGAGGCCUUGCCCAGCUGCGGGGCAUUUUGCAGCCUCCAUCUUCCCAACGACAUUCCCAAGCGCAACAACCCCACGUCGGUUAAAGCCCUGGUGUGGAUCACGCCGAUGUUUCGCACGUGAGCAGGGCUUAAUUUUGCUGCGAAUUAGAGCGUUGUGCUAAAACCAGCCGGUUUUGUGGUUGGAUUGGCUCCCUUGGUCAUCGCCAAACUCUCUGUGGUCAUGGCUUUAAUUGCUAAUGAGAUGAUUUCUGCACACUGAGCCAAAAAAAAAAAAAGCUGCGGGUCUGGUUGUGUUUAAUCCAAAGGACCUGAUCGUCGCCACCCCGGAGGCGUCGCAGCAGCCGGGAUGGGACGGGAGCGUCUCCAACCGGCAUCGCAUCGCCGGCAGAGCAAGCGGCGGCUCCGCUGCACGUUCGGGAAGGGCGUAUCGCGGCGUCUCGAAGCAGCCGGCGCUGGCGGUGACCCAAGGAGCCAAGCGCGUCCCCGGGACUGGGGGGGGCAGCUUUUGCUUCAGCCCCGUGAAUUUGGCCACCCGGAGGAUUUUGGAGACCCGAGGCUCUGGGUUUGCGUGGCCACUUUGCAGCGAGGUCAGAGCCAUCCCUCUUUAUUUUUUCCAAGUAAAAGCAGAUAGCGGUGGGCAAAACUGCCCAGGGAAUUCAGAAAUUGGGGUGAAAAGGGUCUGAGCAUCGGGGCAGGGGGUGGCGAGCGAGCAACCGCAUCUGUGCGUCAGGGUUAGAAAUCGCUUCUCCGCUGGGCACGCCGCAGGAGAGGGGGGGAAAAAAGGAGAGGAAAAAAAUCAGUUGCAUCCGCCUUUUCCAAAAAGCCCGAGCGUUUCUGCUCGCCGUCGCUUCCAAGAAACGGAGGAAAACCGGGGAGGUAAAUUGCAGUGAUUCAUCACGGGCAGAUCGGAGGCAGGAAAUGAGAGUUUGCUGCCUGCCCCGUGCCCGGCGUGGGCUCGGGCUCGCCGGGGCCUGGCUGGCGGCGAGGGCCUGACGCCCACGGGUCGAGCAUCCCUGCGCCGCGGCGGGAGCUGCCGGAGGAGCCGCCCGGGGAAGGAAAACAACCGGCGAAGGCCGAGAGCCGGAGAGAGGGAAUAUUUUCGCCUGCGUUUCUCCGGAGCCAUCCAAGCGAGCUGCCUGGACCACCACCAGGGGCCAGAUCCGGGCUCCCUGCCACCCUGGGCGGCUCCGGAUAAUUCGGAUGUGGCACUGGAGCCGCUUAACCCCCUCCUGAUCCGCCUUCACCCUGAAACCCCGCUGCCAUGAGGAAGAAGCCGGCCAACGGGAGGGGGCCGGAUCCUGCAGCCCCCCAGCAGCGAGCCCGGGGCAUCACCAAGCCGGCGGAGUAUGUGGGCUCCUUCGUGGUGGAGGGCUUGGACCUGCAGCAGCAAGCGGGGCGGCUGGAGGAGCAGCUGCAGGCACUGAAGGACUGCCCCAGGAGGAGGCCGGUGGUGCUGAGGUUCAGCUUGCAGGGGCUGAAGGUCUAUGGGGCCGAUGGGGAGACGCUGCUGAUGGCGCACGCUCUCCGCCGGAUCCUGUACAGCACGUGGCGACACGCCGACCGCCAGUUCGCCUUCGUCGCCCGCAACCCUCGCGGCCCCGCAAGCACCCUCUUCUGCCACCUCUUCGUGGGGCCCCCGGGCGAGGUCCAGACCCUGCACCUCUUGCUCUGCCGCUCCUUCCAGCUCUGCUACCUCCUGGCGCACCCCGAGGAGCAGGCGGGCGAGGGGGAGCCCCCCGGGGCCGGGGUGCUGCGGGAGCCGCUCAACCCCGAGGAGGUGUCGCGCAACGUCAACGCCCUCGUCUCCUUCCGACGUCUGCCUGCGCCCGCCAGCCUCGGCUCCCUGGGCAUAGGGGAGCGGCGGCCGGAGGCGGAGGGCAGAGCUGGCGCCUGGCGCCCAGGGAACCCCUACUGCUCCCCCGUUCUGGUGCGCAAAAAAGCCAUCCGCAGCAAAGUCCUGCGCUCGGGGGCUUACCGGGACUGCGGGGGCGAGAGCCAGCUCCACCAGCCGCCUCGCGACGCCGCGGCGGCAGGCUGGGAGAGCAAAGGGGCGAGGAGCUUGGCCUUCCUCCCCGAAAACGAGAGCGUCCUCGCCGAGAGCGUGUGGGCCUUUGCCGGCAUCGCCAGGGACGGCGGCAUCGCGCUGCUGCGGCGGGACGUCCCCGGCGCCUUCCUCCUGCGCCCCGAGCCCGGCCUGGCCAAGCGCUGGUGCCUGUGGGUGCGGGCGCCCUGCGGCGUCGUCCCCUACUGCCUCUUCAGGACCCACCAGGGCAGGUUCUGCGUGGAGCACUCCAACGCCGAGUUCGCCAGCGUGGCCGCCCUCCUGGCUCACUACUCCGGGGCGCCGGGGGGUUGCUUCUGCCGCCUGGCCCCCGGCCGCUGCAACCCCGGCUACGAGGAGCGGGACCCUGGCGGUGGGGCCGGCGCGCUGGGAGAGGCCGCCUGGGCCCCUGCCGCCCCCGUUGGGGUGCCGCAUGAGCGGGGUUAGCCUCGCCGCUCCCUGCUCAGGCACGGCUACCCCCAAAAUCCCCACUUAGCUUUAAAUCGCUGCCGUCUGCCUUAUUUAUUCCCCUCCCGCGGGCUGCGUGCACGCUUGGCGGGCUGUACAGCGCGCCUAGUGCAAUAAAUGGCUCUUGUGCUACCGGAGGAGAGGUCUGUUGGCGGCUUUUUGUUCCCACUCCCCCACCAUGGUGCUGCAUGCAAGCACGCACGUGAGUGCACAAGCGUACAUACACUUGCACGCUCUCAUGCACAUGCACCCUUGUGAACUUGCACUCACGCCCUUGCAUGCAGACACUUGCAUAAUUGCACCAGGCGCUCACACACACGUGCGCUCACGCACUUGCACCCCCACACCACGCAUUUGUGCUGCACUCUCGCGUGCAUUCACGCACUUGGCACUCCCGCGCACUUGCAAUCGCAAGCCCUCGUGCUCCUGCACCCACGCUCGCACACGCUUGCACUGUCGCACACCCACGCGCUUGCCCUCUCUUGCGUGCUCGGGGGGGUCACGCUCGUGCACUGGCGCGGCGUGCGCCAUCCCAAUGCCCUCCCACGCCCCCCUGACCCCCUAAAACCCUUGCACACCAGCGCUUUGCUGCACGCAAGGCUCUUGCACAAGCGCCCGCGCGCGGGCGCGUCCCCGC